AUGGGCUCCAUCGCGCUCGAAGAGACAAACUUGGAGCGAGGCGUUAGCGAGCAAUCCGAGUUCCCAUCUUCAGUAGCCGGCAUUGAUGUGUCCAAACUGGAUGACGAUGCGCUCUACUGGUGGCGCACCAGCGGAUUGGACCUGGCCCGCAUGAUGGAGGAGGCUGGGUUUCCCGACAAGACGAAGAAUCAGUUCCUCACGUUCUACAGUUCUGUUAUUUGUCCAUUGCUUAGAGGAAAGCCUCAGCCCGGAUCAAUGCCGACUGCCGUGGGCUGGGAUGGCAAUCCCUUUGAGUACAGCUGGGAAUUUAAAGGCUCCACCAAGAAGUCGAGUGUCCGGUUUGUCUUGGAUCUGAGCGAGGUUCGCCCUCCAAACAAGGACUGCCCCAUGAGUGUGUAUACGGUGGAAGAGGUUCUCAAGGUUCUGAAGGACAAGAGUCCACUUUAUGAUGAUCAUUGGCAUCGUGCGAUUGAGCGGUGGGCAGUGUAUUCAAAUGCAUCGGCCGAGAGGCAAGAACUUUUGAUAUCCGAAGCGGGACAUCGGACGCCUACUAUUCUCGGCUUCGACAUCAACCCCAAGAUCACCGAGAAAGCCCCACAUAUGCUCCCCGUCAUGAUCAAGAGCUACUUUCCACCAUGUUUCGUUGCUGCAGACCGCCGCCUCACGCGUUUCCAGGCCCUUUCCUUGGGCGUGCGCCAGUUGCCCGACAUCGGGUCGCACCCGAAUAUCCUGCUUGGGCUGAAGAUGAUCGAAGAUUUCGUGGCCGACAACCCCAAGUAUGAGUCUCAGGGCCGUGGGCUGUCCACUGAUUUUGUGCCCGCCGGCGACGCCCGCCUCAAGGUGUACUUGCGGUACCUGGGCGACGACUUCGAUGAGAUCUGGGACUAUUACACGCUCGGCGGGCGGAUCCCCAUCGCAGACCUGGACGAGGAUAAGCAGAAGCUGCGGGACAUCAUCCAGCUCUCUCGGGGGAUGUGCUAUCCUGUCCGCAAGAUCCGCGAGGAGAGCGCGGCCGACAAGAAGCGCCGCGCCAUUCUGGGCACGAAACCUUCGUCGCUGUACUUCUCGCUCACGCCUGACAAGCCCUACCCCAUCCCCAAGUUCUACUUCUACCCGGGCUUUCAAGCGCCCAAUGACGAGGCCGUGGCGCAGGGACUUGAUAUCUGGCUGCAAAAAUAUGGAUGGGCCGAUGGCGGGCCCACCAUCGAGGAUCGAACCAGGAACACAUUCACAUACCGGGGCCUUGAUGAGAAGCCGGGUAUCUUCACGUUUAUUGGCUUCGGAAGGAAGGAAGGUCUCGACGACCGUGCGCUGAGUUUGCAAGUAUAUGUGACACCUGAGUUGUAUGAAAACCCGCGUUUCUAG